AUGCCUCUGGUCGUGAUGGACUACGUCUGGACCCAGACGGAGACGACGCUUUACAUUAAUGUGCCUCUAAAAGGAACGAAUGCCGGGAAGGUAGACAUUGUCUGUACGGACGAUUACCUCAAGGUGCAUUUCCCGCCUUAUGUGUUUGAAGCCUUCUUGUUUGAACCUGUUGAUGAUGACAGAAUCGCAGUAAGGGUUGCAAAUGGAUGUGCAGUCAUCACUUUGCCAAAAAGGACCAACAAAGUGUGGGAGCAUCUGAUGAUAAGUACGAAUAAUAAAGAAAAAAUGGAGAUCAGACAGAGGGCCCUGUUAAAAUACAACGAAAAGCUUUCUUCAGAGUCUAGAAACAAGGCAGCAAAACAACAAGCAGAGAACAAAUAUGCUCUGGAGACAGUGAUAAAGCUUGAAAAAGAGGAACGAGACAGUAUCCAGAAGAUAAAGGACGCAGAACAAGAGAAAACCACACAAGAGUUGACUGCAUGGCAUUUCAGACAACAACAAAAAGCAGAGCAGGAUGUCCAGCUAAAAUUGCAAAAUCAAAAAGCCAAAGCACGCCAACUAAGAACAGAGACAGAGAGGCAAAAAUGUGGACCUCCCAACCAAGAAAAAAUGAAAUUGGAUCAAAGAAGCAACAGUAAUGCAAAGAGCAAGAAAGCCCAACAUGAACUCCCUCCUCCAAGACUCAGUGGAAACAUUCGAGUUACAUUCACCCCAAGAAUCUUUCCAACAGCUCUCAGAGAGUCCAGACUUCCAGAGGAGGAGGAGUGGCUGAGAAAACAAGCUGAAACCUGGCGAAAAGUGAAUGUGGAUGUUGGUGAGCUAAAAGACCUGAAGGAAGAGGAGGGGAACCCUUACUGGUUAAAGGACAAAGGAGACAAAUGUUUUGCCACUGGGGACUUCCUGGGAGCAGUGAAUGCCUAUAGCUUGGCUAUCAGGGUUAUGGGGAAGAUCCCUGCUUUGCAUUCGAACAGGGCCGCAUGCCAUCUGAAGUUAAGAAAUUUUCACAAGGCCAUUGAAGACUCCUCUCAGGCACUUGAUCUGCUGACUCCACCAGUCCCUGCCAAUGCAGCUGCCAGAGUUCGAGCUUUUGUCCGUCGAGGAUCUGCCUUCUGCGAGCUGCAGGCCUAUCCAGAAGGGCUACAAGACUUCCUUGCUGCUCUGAAGAUUGACCCUAAUAAUGAAGCGCUGUUGGUGGAUACACAGAGAAUCAGAGACAUCAUUCAAGGAUCUGCUAUCAAUCCUCCCAGUGAGACAGAGUGACACACAGGGCAUGUGCUUUGUACGUUAUGUUCAUGAAAUGUUUUACAGAGGACUGGUUUCAGGUUCUUUAUAAAAUAUUAAAAAUUCUUGUAUUUUAUUUACAAAGGUCAUACAUUUUUAUCCAUCCUUAGCUUUCAAAUGUAUUCUGUACAUCCUUUGUAAACAACAUCCUUUGAAAAAUACAGACUUUUGAAUUGUAUCAUAGGUAAAGCCAAGCUACUUUUCUAGUGUCUAGUGUCUCAUUAAGUAAUACCAUUCUUAGUUUUAAAUGAUUUUCAUGAUCAGUUAGUUGUAUAUUAUAUAAAAUAUUGGGGAAAAAAAGAAAUCCAUGUUGAUGUCAUAUUGUGUCCAGUAAAGUCCAGCUUAUUUUGUAUUUCCAAUUCAUGGUCACAGUGUCGCUGGAACUAUUACAGUCAUAGGGUAAGAGGCAGGUUACACCUUGGAGAGGUUGUUAGCUUGUUACAGGGUCUGAGUCACACAUUACAAACAAACAUUCAUGCCAACAGCCAGUUUAGAAUCACCAGUUAAAAGGGAACAGUUAAACGUGAGCUUUUUAAAGGAAUAGGUAAACUAAGGAAAAGAGCAAGAGAUAAAUAAUAAUUAAUAAUUAAAGUGGUGUAUAAACACACAGUAAGUGGAAAAGGUGACUGAAGAAGAAACAGUCACUGCAUCAUGCACCAGCCGAGAGAUAUCUCUCCAACGUGUCCAGGGUCUGCCCUGGAGGCUCCUUCUGGUGGGACAUCCUCAGAACAUCUCAUGCAGGAGGUACCCAGGAGGAAUCCUUGUCAGUGUCACUUCUACUGGCUCAUUUCGAUGUGGAAGAAUAGUGGUUCUACUCUGAGCCCCUCCAAAAUGGCCAAGCUCCUCACCCUAUCUCUAAGGGAGAGGCCAGCCUACCCUUCGAGAAAGCUCAUUUCCACAGAUUGUACAGUCCCGAUCAAAAGUUUAAGAACACUGGAAAAAUGGCAAAAAAAUCAUAUUUUGCAUAGUUGGAUCUUAACAAGGUUCCAAGGAGAGCUUCAACAUGCAACAAGAAGAAAUCGAAGUGAGACAAAACAUUUUUUUGAGCAUACAAUUUAUUGAAAACAGCAAGGCCAUGUCCACACUAAUACGUUUACAUUUGAAAACAUCUUUUUCUCUCCGUUUUGGUGACGCAUUUUAGUCAAACGAUGCAGUCAUGUGACCAAUUAAACUAAGUCAGCGGAGGGCAUUAUACUGCAGUUGUUUUGUUUGCCCUCAAUUUUGACAGCCCUAGACAAGAUUAAUAUCAGUUUGUACAUGCUUCAGAUAGCUUUUCUUCAAAUUCUUUAACUCUCACUCGCUUUUGCAACUUUGUACUUUUGUGUUACUCGCAGCGACAACUCCACCUCAUUGUCAGACCAUUUAAAAAACUCGGUGCUUUUUCUCAACAUUUUGGCACGACCUUUCAAAGAGCCGGAAAGUAAAUAAACAACAGACAGAAAUGACGCAGGUCGAAUUGUCCUUCGUUUCAUGCAUGCACAAAACAGGAAUGUAAGCAUUUUCAGUUGUUUCGGUGUGGAUCAAUAACUGUUUGGAAACGAUUGAAAAUGAUAGUGUGGACACGGAGCCUUUUUAGCCGUUUUCAAAUUUAUCCAGAUUAGUGUACACGUAGCCUUAAACUGAAACAGGCUGUUGUACAGCUGAUUAACAGUUUAGGACCACGCAUCCAAAAAAAAAACAGACUCCCCAGACUGCCGAAGCACCUUGCACAGAAUACUCUGAGGGACACAGUCAAAUGUCUUCUCCAAGUCCACAAAACACAUGUAGGGUGGUUGGGCAAACACCCAAGCUUCAGGAACUCAUCCACUUACAGGCCCUGCAACCAAGGAGCUGUUUAGGUGCCUCCGCGACUUCACUCCUACCACCACCUAACAAUACCCUCAGUUAAAGUCAGCAGCACUCCACCAUGUUGAUAGAGCAGGACUUUCCUGAGUCACCUGAUGGUUUGCCAUAAUUGCUUUGAGGCCUUACGAAAGUCUCAAAGCAAUUACUUAGGCCAUAGAAAAAACUUUUCUCCCACACCCAAGUUUUUGCUUCUCUGAUGGCUUCCUUCACCUCUGGUGUCCACCAGCUUGCACCAACCACCUUGCGGCCAACCGUGCUAGGAGUAAUUUAUGUUAUACAUGAUUCCCUUAGUCAGUAUCAUUAGAAGAUAUAGCAUGUAUUUUCACUGCCAUUCAAAAUAGGCCUAACUUUACCCAUCCAUUAAUCCAAAUAACUAUACUAAUUAUUAAACUGUAUGAAUGUCUUAAAGGCAUAAAGAACAGAUGACCUCUAAUUUCAUCCUUCUAAAUUCAGAUAAAGCUGAGGAUACUGUACUUGGCCCUAAUAACCUUUAAAAUAUGGUAUCUAACCAGAUGCUUACUCUUUACCUCGCCCUCCAGUAAUGUUGGAGUCACAUAUUGACUGUUCGCUGUUGUGGUGUAAUUUUCUGCUACCCUCCCUCUCCUUGGAAUUAACCUACCUGCUUCUACAGUAGAAUCAUAGAGCAGAUUGUUUUAAAAACCCUUUGGAUUGUUUUUCCAACUUUCUUUGUGUUGUUGGCAUUGUGUUCAUAAUUUGGUAAGGUAGACAGGACACCUGACAUGACACUUUAAAUUAGUUUUUUUUUAUUUUUCUAUUUCUUUUGUGUCUGUGAG